AGGAGAACGGGAAUGGUCGCGACUUACUGAUGAGGAUGUUAGAGGUGUUUGUGAUCAAAUUCAAGCAUAUAGCCAAAUACCAGCUGCCGGCAAUUCUAGCCAAGCAUAAAACAGAGCAGGAAGGAAAGGUGCCCGAAGGAAAAUACUCCCUAGAGGUCGCUGCAGUGAAGGAAGAGGUCAAGAUGCCCCCACCCCAGCCUCCUCAGACCCCAAGUGGAGACAAAGAUUCUAAAACCCUGGUGUCAGCAGUGACUUCUGCAUCCCAGGCCGCUGCUAAUAACUACACGGCAGCUGACUGUCGCAGUCUUGUGAAGACUUUAGUGUGUGGAGUCAAAACUAUCACAUGGGGGACCAUCUCCUGCAAGGCACCCACUGUGGAUGCAAACUUCAUCAGCAAUAAAUUGUUCAACCCCAAGGAAACCUUGGUAUUUGUGAGACUGGUGAAGUACGCUCUUCAGGCGGUGGACAUAUAUACGGUGACUCAGACAACUUCUGGGCAGACUUAUGUUAGACCUGCAGCGGUCCAGACUGUCAGAACCAAAGAAGAGAAGGAGGUUCUAGAACACUUUGCUGGCGUGUUCACGAUGAUGAACCCUCUAACCUUUAAGGAAAUAUUUUCAGCAACCAUCGAGUACAUGGUAGAAAGAAUCCACAACAACUAUGCGCUGCAGAUCGUGGCCAACUCCUUCCUUGCCAACCUGACCACCUCCGCCACAUUUGCCACAAUUUUGGUGGAGUAUCUGUUAGCCAGACUGGAGGAAAUGGGCUGGUAUAGUACUGUGACAGGAAUCCUGGUGGAUUAUCUGUUAGCCAGACUGGAGGAAAUGGGCUGGUAUAGUACUGUGACAGGAAUCCUGGUGGAUUAUUUGUUAGCCAGACUGGAGGAAAUGGGCUCCAACAUGGAAAGGUCUAAUUUGUACCUGAAGCUGUUCAAGUUGGUGUUUGGCUCAGUGUCUCUGUUUGCUGCAGAGAAUGAACAGAUGCUGAAGCCGCACCUCCACACCAUAGUGAACAAGUCCAUGGAGCUGGCCAUGACUGCCAAGGAGCCUUACAACUACUUUCUUCUCCUUAGAGCAUUAUUCAGGUCCAUUGGAGGGGGAAGCCAUGAUCUUCUAUACCAGGAAUUCCUUCCCUUGUUGCCCAAUUUACUCCAAGGACUGAACAGCCUUCAGAGUGGUCUACACAAGCAGCACAUGAAGGAUCUAUUUGUAGAGCUGUGUCUCACUGUCCCAGUCAGACUGAGCUCUCUCCUCCCAUACCUCCCCAUGUUGAUGGAUCCCCUCGUCUCCGCACUCAAUGGUUCUCAGACUUUAGUUAGUCAGGGAUUACGAACUCUGGAGUUGUGUGUUGAUAAUUUACAGCCAGAUUUUCUGUAUGACCACAUACAGCCUGUGAGGGCAGAACUGAUGCAGGCAUUGUGGAGAACAUUACGCAAUCCACAGGAUAACAUUGCCCAUGUAGCAUUCAGGGUCCUAGGAAAAUUCGGGGGAGGUAACAGGAAAAUGUUGAGAGAAGCACAAAAGUUAAACUACAAUGAGAAAGAGACAGCUGGGCCCAGUAUUAGUAUCUAUUUCCAAGACUGCAAGACUCCCAUUACACUACCUGCAGAGAAGGUAAUAGAGCAUGCCCUGAAUGCGCUCAAGUCUAGUCAGACUGAUUCCCACUACAGGCGCCAGUCCUGGGAGGUCAUCAAGUGCUUUUUGGUGGCCAUGUUGAAUCUAGAUGACGACAAGCAGACGCUGACUCAUCUGUUCACGCAUUCAAGUUUCUCCGAGGGUGAAAUAGCAUUACAGCCAGGGUCACAAUACAGGAACCAGGAUGACCAUGCUCGCAGUGUGCAGGAACAGGCUCUCACGGGAAUGUUUGUUGCUGCAGCAAUUAAAGACCUGCGUCCCUCAGUGCUACCUUUCAUGGCAUCCAUGGUCAGACAUUACACUAUGGUGGCCAUUGCACAACAGGGAGGGCCAUUCCCCAUUGGAGACAAGCAGAGUAAGCUGCAGGGGAUGGACCCCCAGAUCCUGGUGGAUGCCCUGACGGUCAUCAUGGGCCACGAGGAGAAGGAGCUGUGCAAGCCUGGUCACCUGGCUCUGGUGCUUAUACUGGACACUGCCACCACUAUACUGGGGGCCAAGGAGAGGGCCUGUCAGUUACCAUUGUUUGACUACCUGGUGGAGAGAAUGUGUUCACUGUGCUAUGACAGGGCCUGGUAUGCCAAGUUAGGAGGGUAA